AUGGUCACUGUGCUCCUUGGACAGCUGGAAAAGGAGCUACCUGUGGUGACUGAAGAUGAAGGGUCGCAUGAUUCUUUCAGCUAUUGGGUUGAUGAGAAAUCUCCUGUGGGACCAGAUCAAGCUACAGCCAUCAAACGCUUGGCCAGAAUUUCUUUAGUUAAAAAGAUAAUGAAGAAAUGGUCAGUGACUCAAAACCUGACUUUCAAAGAGCAGCUGGAAAGCGGGAUCCGCUACUUUGAUCUUCGUGUAUCUUCCAAACCUGGCGAUACAGGACAAGAGAUUUACUUCAUACACGGCUUGUUUGGUAUCACAGUAUGGGAUGGUCUGAAGGAGAUCAACACCUUUCUUGAACAGCACCCCACAGAAGUAGUCUUCUUGGACUUCAAUCACUUCUAUGCCAUGGAUGACAGCCAUCACUUCUUCUUGAUCAACAAGAUCCGCUUAGCAUUUGGAUCCAAACUUUGUUCUGUUGAAUGUGUGGAACAUGUGACAUUAGAGUACAUGUGGGAGAAGAAAUACCAGGUUCUCAUAUUCUACCACUACCCUUUGUAUCAGAACUACCCCUUCCUGUGGCCAGGGAAUAAAAUGCCAGCACCAUGGGCUAAUACAACCAAUGUGCACAAACUGCUACAGUUCCUGGAGACCACUCUUGAGGAACGAAGUCGUUAUGGGACUUUUCAUGUUUCUCAAGCAAUUCUCACACCUCGAGUGAGAACUAUUGCACGGAAUCUAGUUCGUGGCCUGAAGAACACGCUUGUCCACAGGAACCUGCCCAUGAUUUUGAAUUGGGUGAAAGAACAGAAGCCAGGUAUUAUGGGUGUUAACAUAAUUACAUCAGACUUUGUGGAGCUGGUUGACUUUGCUGCUACAGUUAUUGCAUUAAACGACCUCCUUUUAGAAGAGGAUGAAUCUGCAACUAAACCCUGA